AUGUCUUCUUCCAAGCUCAGAAGGGCAUGUUCCUUCACCAGCCUACUCCUUAGCUGUUUGAAUUUUGCUUUGUUUAUCCUUUCUGCUGCUUCAUUUGCACCCACUAUUCUCCUUAAGAUGCCUCCAACUUCAUUUGGCAUGGCAUUCCUUAUGGUUUCUGGCUUCUCACUCCUCUCAUCUUUUGUGGGCUUCUACUCUCAGCUCACAUACUUCUGUUUUCUCACCCACAUUUCCCUUCUACUAGCCUCACUGAUAGGACAAGUGCUAAGCAUAUUAGCUUUGUUUACAAAAGAAAAAGCAAGCAUCUCCCUUCUAAAGUCACCAAGGGACCCAAAAGAAGCUAAAUUUUUGGUAAAGCUGGAAUGUGGGGCUUUCAUGGCAAUGUGCAUGUUGCAGUUGGUGGUGUUGAUAUUGAGUUGUACAGUGCAUAGUUGCUGGGUGAAGGAUUAUGAGGAACUAGAGGCAGAGAAAGAGGCAUCAGCAAGGAAAAGGAGUAGAAGGAUUGCAGAAGUGCAAGAGGAAUGCAUGGCAAAUGCAACCAAGACUGCAGAAAUCAAAGGUAAGGAGUUGGAUGAGAAAGUGAAAAGCAAAUAUGGGCAGUGGGUGAAGACUGAUUUUGAACCAUGA